CAUUGAAAAUUCUACCCAAUUACCAAUUCCGGCGAGGCCCCUCCCCCUUACGACGACUUCGGCGAGGUACCAUCGUCCAUCAUGUGCGGUGGAGCGCCCCUCGCGGACGUCAAGGUUCCCACAGUGACGCGGAGGAUGACAAAGGAGGCACUAUGGCCUGAGAAGAAGAAGCCUCGGCAUGGCGGCAGCGGGGGCCAACGCGUCAUGGGGCUCGGCGGGCGCAGGGGACCCGGCCUGGAUGACAAUGAGGAGGACUUCGAGGCCGACUCCGGGGACUCUGACCUGGAUCUCGAGCGCAGUAUGGUGGAUGAGAAGGAUGGCGACGACGAGGUCAGCGAGAUCAAGUCCUUUGCCGCCGUAAAGAGCUCCCUCUCCCAAGCGGUUGAUUGUUGUAUAAGGAGAUUGUGUGAUUGGUUCAGAAAAGAUGACUUAAGCACCAUGACUACUGUAGGUUUUGAUGGUCCUUCAGCAAAAAGGAAGAGAAAGAACCAAUUCAGGGGUAUCCGUCAGCGCCCCUGGGGUAAGUGGGCUGCUAAAAUCAGAGAUCCAAGCAAGGGUGCACGUGUCUGGCUUGGUACUUUCAAUAGUGCUGAAGAAGCUGCAAGAGCUUAUGAUGUUGAAGCACGCAGGAUACGUGGCAACAAGGCCAAGGUUAACUUUCCAAAGGAACCAACAGUUCCUCAGAAGCGUCGGGCUCGCCCUGCUGCUCCUAAAGCACCCAAGCAAAGCGUGGCACAUGAACCUUCUGUCAUGUCAUCAAUCAACAACCUUGCCAACCCAAAUGCUUUCAUCUACCCAUCCGCUGACUUUGCAUCAAACCAGCCACUUGCUCUGCCUGACAACGUGUCAUUUGUUCCUGCAAUGAACUUUGUUGCCCCUGUUGAAGCAUUUGUUAUGAAUCCAUACUCUGACCAGGGAAGCAACUCCUUUGGCUGCUCUGACUUGGACUGGGAUUAUGACACCAAGACUCCAGAUAUACCAUUCAUUGCUCCCAUUUCUACCAUUGCUGAAGAAGCAGAAUCUGCACUUGCCCAGAGUAACGCCUACAACUCAGUGGUGAUUGCUGAAGCAUCUGAAUCUGCACUUGCCCAGAGUAACACCUACAACUCAGUGGUGCCUCGUGUUAUGGAGAACAAUGAUGUCGAUUUCGAGGCUUGGACAAGGUUUCUUAUGGAUGAUAGCGUGGACGAGCCAAUUGAUAGCCUUCUGAAUUUUAAUGUGCCACAGGAUGUCGUUGUCAACAUGGACCUCUAG